GGUUAAUUGGACCGGUUGAAUUGAAAAUCCAACACCAAAUAGUCCAAACUUGUACGAUCUAGGCUAUUUCCACAACCGGCUAAGAGUGAAAGGCUCACUUCUUGUAACUCAUGACAAAAUUCCCAAGUUCUUGGCUAAAUACUUUAAUAAGGAGUAUUAAUUUGGCUGGUGUCUCGUGGUGUCAUUUUUAAGACCAAGUGUUACUCCUUAUUAAAGAAUGCUAAACAAAAAUUAGGCCGAAAACCACAAAUCGUUCCAUGCCGUGAGUCGCUAAAUCAUCAGUUCCUUCAGAGAAAUGAUAUGUGUGAUUACGGUCGAGAUGAGGGCGAACCAAGCACAAAACAUCACACCCAUGGUCUGAUCUGGCUCGCACUGUCGAGAAAUCCGAUAAAGGCGCGAGCUUGAAGAAAGUUGCGACCAAGACAGUCACCGGAAGUUUUCAAAUUAUUUUCUUGAACCUGGUAUUUUCCAGAAUCUGUAUUGUCUUAAGGAGUGAUCGGAGAUUUGGUCCGGGACGAUGAUGUGAAAGCUAAGGAAAUGUCAGGAGGCGAGUACAGCGAUCACAACGUGCUGUUACAGCGUCCCGUUUCAUCGGCGCCGGAGAAAGAAGGCGAUUUGGAGGCUCAGGCGUCGCCCAGGGGUCCCAACAAAGGCAUUGCAGAUCUGCUGAAGCGGUUGGACAGAAGCCUUUCCGGCCGCAAAUCUCCCACUGUAAAAUGGCCCAAUAGGGACCGGUCCUCUGCCUCUUAUUCACCAUUGGGCCGCGGCGUCGACCCAGGCAGCUCUGGUAACAAUGAUGGGGAAGAGGAUGAAGUCCUCGGAGAUAGUGCCCCGCCCGAAUGGGCACUUCUGUUAGUUGGUUGUCUCCUUGGCCUAGCUACCGGGCUCUGCGUGGCCGUGUUUAACCGAGGGGUGCAUGUAAUACAUGAAUGGGCAUGGGCCGGCACUCCAAAUGAAGGUGCAGCGUGGCUGCGUUUGCAAAGGCUAGCUGACACAUGGCACCGGAUACUUCUGAUACCCGUCCUAGGUGGAGUCAUUGUUGGCAUGCUGCAUGGUCUACUUGGGAUCUUGGAUCAGAUAAAACAGUCAUCCACUCCUUCUUCUUCUCAAGGGCAGGGCUUUGAUCUGUUUGCUGGGAUCUUCCCCACGGUGAAGGCUAUACAGGCUGCAAUAACUUUGGGUACUGGAUGCUCUUUAGGUCCUGAGGGCCCCAGUGUAGACAUUGGGAAAUCAUGUGCUCAUGCAUGCUCUGUGAUGAUGGAAAACAACCGGGAAAGGAGAAUCGCUCUUGUUGCUGCUGGUGCAGCUGCCGGAAUUGCUUCAGGUUUUAAUGCAGCAGUUGCGGGUUGUUUCUUUGCAAUUGAAACUGUUCUAAGGCCACUCCGAGCAGAAAACUCUCCUCCCUUUACCACCGCAAUGAUUAUAUUGGCUUCAGUAAUUUCAUCAACUGUAUCAAAUGCUGUUCUGGGAGAGAAACAGGCAUUCACUGUCCCCACAUAUGAUUUGAAAUCUGCUGCUGAAUUGCCUUUGUAUCUAAUACUGGGAAUGCUAUGUGGAGUAGUAAGCGUGGCAUUCAGUUAUUUGGUCAAGUGGUUCAGCAAUGCUUUUCAGUUCAUCAAAGAGAAUUUUGGAGUUCCUGACGUUGUAUGUCCUGCUUUGGGAGGUUUAGGAGCCGGAAUAAUAGCUCUUAAAUACCCCGGAGUACUCUAUUGGGGCUUCACUAACGUUGAUGAGAUUCUUCAUACCGGAAAGACAGCUUCGGCACCUGGGAUCUGGUUACUGUUUCAAUUGUCUGCUGCAAAAGUUGUGGCUACUGCUUUGUGCAAAGGUUCUGGUCUUGUUGGGGGUCUGUAUGCACCUAGUUUGAUGAUAGGUGCUGCUGUCGGUGCCGUGUUUGGAGGUGUAUCAGGGGAGCUGAUCAAUUCUGCUAUUCCUGGCAAUUCUGCUAUUGCCCAGCCUCAAGCAUAUGCACUGGUUGGAAUGGCUGCUACACUAGCUUCGGUUUGUUCAGUGCCUUUAACUUCAGUUCUUCUUUUGUUUGAACUGACAAAAGAUUAUAGAAUCUUGCUUCCUCUCAUGGGAGCCGUUGGAUUGGCAAUAUGGGUUCCUUCAGUGACGAACCAGCCAAAGGUCAUGGAGGUAUCCGGCACAAAUAAUUUGUUAAGAGAUUAUUCUUUUCUUUCUCCGGAUGAUGACAAAUAUAUUGGAAGUAUCCGGGGCAAUACUGGAGAUAGGAGUGAGUUGGAACUUUCCAUUAUUGGCAAUUCAUACGAUCUUGAAACAAUCGACGAUGAUCUGAUUCUGGACAAUCUGAAGGUUUCUCAGGCGAUGUCUAAUGACUAUUUGAAGCUGUCAUCAACGCAAACAGUGAAGGAAGCUUUGGAUUGCAUGAACGAAAGCCAGGAGCGUUGUGGCAUUGUGGUUGACAAUGAAGAUCAUAUCGAAGGAAUUUUAACAUAUGGUGACAUAAAACGGAGUUUAUUGAAGAACUCUGGUGAUUUGCUGCAUACAGAUGCAAAUAUGUCGCUUGUUUCCUCCAUUUGCACAAGAGGGAUAAGCUACCGAGGACAAGAAUGUGGUCUUCUAACUUGUUAUCCAGAUACAGAUCUUGCAAUCGCAAAGCAACUAAUGGUGGCUAAAGGAAUCAAACAGUUGCCAGUUAUCAAGCAUACAAGAGACAUUAUUCAAACAGAGAGAAAACACAAAGUCAUUGCCAUCUUGCAAUAUGAUUCCAUUGAGGAGUCCAUAAGAAGAGAGGUCAACCGCUUGAAAUCGAUCUGUCAGCAGAUAAGAGAAGAGGAUUCAGAUCCCACGGAUGCAAAUGGCCACUGACAACAGUAUAGGAAAACAAACUUCAAGAAUUGGUUCUCUUUUGUUGAACUUCACAAUCAGUUCUUAUAGAUAAUGUUAUAGGAGUCAUGUUACAAUAAUCCUAAGUUUGACACCACGAAUGACAACUCUCUAUGAAUUUGUCUAAUUCUGUAUUGUGUUUGUGAACAAAUUUACUGACGGCUGUCAUCCGUGGUGUCAAACUUUGGAUUAUAGUAGAGUAUUAUUCAUGUUAUACCCCUCACUGUGCUCAUAUAGUUCUUGCCCUAGGCUCUGGCCCCUUUUACUGUUGAAAAAAUUGGGGAAGGAAAAGUACAUUUGUAUUUUCUGUAUAUGCAAUUUAUUUUAGCAAUGGCAAAUUACAGUUAGUUGAACUAUUG